UUGGUUCGGUAUUUUUGUUUAUCUAUCUCCAAGCCGCUAAAUGGAUGCGUUCUCUCGGGAAGCCCGGCAAGUUAUUCAGAAGACAAGGACAGAUACGUAAAGUGUGUGCGAAAUCUUUUUUUGCAAAGCCGUUUCCCUGCUCUUCGAUUGUCUGUUCAUUCUGAGUAAACACAUCUUCCGUUCGUUUCCAGUUUCUUUAGACUGCUCGUUAAUGGCCUCUAAUGCGCUGCUAGGGAAGCUGAUUUUGGCGCUUACAUUGGCAGUGUUUUUGUACUACUUCUUCUGGGUCGGAGUUCUGCCAUUCAUGGUGAUUGAUUCAAGUGAGGAUAACUGGAUAUAUUCGUUGUUCCCGGAGACGAAGUUUGCCUUCAUGGUUCCAGCUGUUUUCGGAGUACUACUCAUCGGAGGCUUGUCUGUCUUCACUCUCUAUCAUUUGAAAGGUCAACUGAGGGCCAGUAGUGAUUGAGCGACGUAAACUGCACACUUCACAGCAACUCGAUGCACAAUGGAAACGUGGCUAGUAAUUGGAAUAUCAGGCGUUACCAAUGGAGGAAAAACAACGCUUGCAAAAUCCUUGCAUCACUAUUUCACCGGUCAUCUUAACAAGAUUAUUUUCAAGGAAAACAUUACCAUGAAUAAGGUGGCCCUCAUCAGCCAGGAUGAUUACUUCCUUCCAGUGGAUAGUCCCAAACACAAGGUGAUCGAGAAACUUGGCCACAUAAAUUGGGAGAUCCUUUCUUCGAUUGACAUGGAUAAAAUGUGCCACGACAUCAUGACGAUCCUUGGACACAAAUUUAUUCUGUACAACUGCCAUCAGCUCAGCAAAACCGAAGGGGACAACAAUAUUGCCGAGCAGGUCGACCCGGUAACCGAUGAAGAUAACAUUUUUGCUGAUCACUUCUUGAGUAAUUACCUGAACAAAUACGACGACGGUUCGGCCGGAGUCAACCAAAGAACGACAAAUAUCAUCAAAAAGUCCAAAAAUGAAACAUUCCUGAAUAUGAACAUUAAGCUCAACGUGCUGCUCAUUGAAGGUUUCCUGAUAUUUAACCAUCCAUUCACGUUAGAUUUGUGUAACGUUAAAUUCCAUGUGCACUUGCCGUAUGAGCGGUGUUACGAAAGGCGAAUUGAACGCGUGUACGAUCCACCGGACGUGGUCGGAUACUUUGAAAUGUGCGUAUGGCCAAUGUAUGAGAAACAUUUCAAAGAAUUUAGGGACCGCGCGGAUAUCUACAUGCUAAACGGAGAGGUGCCUAAGGAGAAUAUACUGAAUUAUGUAUUGAAUUGUAUCAAAGAUUUACUGUGAGUGAAAGCGAAGCGCCAAUGGACAAACAACGGAAAGCGGCUGGAUGAAGCGAAGGUUCCUUUUAAGUAUAGUAUACAUUUACUCUUUUGAAUGUCAUCAGAAAAAUAUGAGAUAUUCUUCUUGCUAGUAUUUUAGAGCCACAACUUUUAUACACAUUUUAAUAAAUUAAUAAAAUGGAACACAAA